GCUUUUACAGAGAAAAGGUGGAAGCAAAGCAAGGAAGUUUUGGGUAGUUUAUUUUUGUUUUGUUUUUUUAAGAUAGUUUAUUGAUUUUAGGCAGGCCAUAUGCCUGCCAUGGGGCUGGAACUCGGGACUCUGAUAUCAAGAGUCACACGCUCUACCGACAGGAACCAGUCAGGCACUCCAGCAAGGAACUUGUUGAUAGUCUAUGAUUGAAAGCCUAGUUCACUGUGAUGAGUUGUCUUUACCAUUUUAAUUUGAUACCUCUGUGGCACUGACCGGCUCAGAUUUUGGGUUGUUUCCAGAAACCCCCCUGGCGUUAGACUCACCUCUGUGUAAGGACCUCCUUGUUUAAUUAACUUAACCAUAGUUACCGAAAGGAUUUUCUACUUGGUUUACUCUGAUGCUUGCUUCUGAGCCUAUGGUGACAAAUUCUACUUUCUGAGUCUGGAUGGGUGGAGGGAGGGCCUGGGAUGAUGUCAGAUCAGUGUUUCCUCCUCCCCUCAGGAAGUAAAGUCCACUGGCAGGAGUGACCACACUGGCUCGGCCUCACAGACUUAGAAUGCUUGCUUGUGUUCACAGUGCAGCCGAAUGAAAUGCCUUAGAAACAGGAGUCACUUUGUCAAAAAUCCUAUACUUUUCUUCCCAGAUUGCCUCACUGCCUCAUUGCUGAAGGAUUCCUUUGCUGAAGACCACAUCAAAGAGACCGAGCAUCAUGACGCAGAGGGCAGGGAAGGCCCAACCAUACACUGAAGCCCUGGAUGGAGGCUGGGGAUGGAUGAUUGUAUUUCAUUUCUUUCUGGUAAACGUGUUUCUGAUGGGGAUGACCAAGACAUUCGCCAUUUUCUUUGUGGUCUUCCAAGAAGAAUUUGAAAGCUCCUCAGAACAAACUGGCUGGAUCGGAUCCAUCAUGUCAUCACUUCGUUUUUCUGCAGGUCCCCUGGUUGCCAUUAUUAGUGAAAUAACUGGAGAGAAGACUGCCUCCAUUCUCGGGGUUUUCCUUGUUUCUGGUGGAUAUCUAAUCAGCAGCUUGGCUACUAACAUCCCCUUUCUUUGUGUGACUAUGGGACUUUUACCUGGUUUGGGUUCUGCCCUCCUGUACCAAACAGCUGCCGUGGUAACUAUCAAAUACUUCAAGAAACGAUUAGCUCUUUCCACAGCUAUUGCCCGUUCUGGGAUGGGCCUGACGUUUCUGAUAGCGCCUUUUACAAAAAUCCUGAUAGAUCUGUAUGACUGGACAGGUGCCCUUAUACUACUUGGAGGGAUGACAUUAAAUUUGGUGCCUUCAAGUAUGCUCUUAAGAUCCAUCCAUAUCAAAAGCGAGAACAAUUCUGAUAUUAAAAAUAAAGGCAGCAGCUUGUCUGUAAGUAAUCCAGAGGCAGUGGGCACGACAGAAAUGUCAUCCUGCGAUAAGACACAAGAGGCCACCAUCACGGAGAGUGCAACGCAAAAGGCCAGACAACAUGGGACAAAUUUAAUAGUCUCACAGUACGAAGAGUUCAACAAUGAGCCUAAUGGGGACAGUUAUGAGAAAGAGGCUACUUCAUGCAGCUAUAAACAAAAACUCUGUGACAUCUCCCUUUUAAAAAAUCCUUUCUUCUACAUAUUUACCUGGUCUUUUCUCUUCAGUCAGCUGGCAUACUUCAUCCCUACUUUCCACCUGGUGGCCAGAGCCAGAACACUAGGGAUUGACAUGAUGGAUGCCUCCUUCCUUGUUUCUGUAGCUGGUAUUACUGAGACAGUCAGUCAGAUAAUCUCUGGAUGGGUUGCUGAUCAAAACUGGAUCAAGAGGUAUCAUUACCACAAGUCUUACCUCAUCCUCUGCGGCAUCACUAACCUGCUUGCUCCUCUGGCCACCACAUUUCCAUUACUGAUGACCUAUACCGUCUUCUUUGCCAUUUUCACUGGUGGUUACCUGGCAGUGCUACUUCCUGUACUGGUUGAUCUGUCUGGGAAUUCUAGAAUACACAGGUUCUUGGGAAUUGCCGGUUUCUUUGCUGGGGUGGCUGUCUUUUCUGGACCACCUAUAGCAGCUCUGAAUUUAUCCUCUGGAAAUACCUCCUCUCCGCCUCAGAGACAGAACACUACUCUGGCUCUUCUCCUUGGGAAUCUUUUCCAUACCAUUUCCCCUUCCCAUGCCUUAUAGACAUUACCCCAAAGUUUAUAGUUCAGCACUCUACUCUCUCUGGGCCAGUGAUGCUCAACAUGUGGCCAAGCACCACAAACUACAUCAGAAUUACCGGGGACGUUCAUAGACCAACAAUGACUCCUGGGCCAUGCCAGCCCUAACAAAUCCCAGAAUGCAUGGAAUAGCAGUCAAAGGCCUGAAUGUUUCCCAAAAACCACCAGCGCUGAUACAUUCUGUAGCUGGAAACCCACUGCACAGACAUUUUCUUAAGUUUGCAGCUUUAUCCCAUCCCAGCCUCCAGAAAAAACUGAGGUCUGACAGCACAGCAACCAAGAACACUAGGUGAAACAAAGGCCUGGUUACAACCCUGGCUCUAUCAGUUCUAGCUGUCAGAUUAUGGUCUGUAGUGAAACUUAACUGAAACAAUGUGUGUACAAGCCUUGGCAGAAUGCUUGGCCCAAGUGGGUAUUUAAUAAACAAUUGCUAUUAUUAGUACUGUCCUUUUCCAUCAACCUGCCUCAAACUCAUUAUGCAUCCUCACUUUCCACCUUCCUCAAACUGCCUUGCCUUUCAGGAUUCCCUCCCGUGUUCUGUUGAACUGACCAUUUCACAAGUUUUCCAGGCUUCAGCCUGCUCAACUUUUCCAUUGAUCAACAAGCUGUUUUGUUAUUCAUGCUUAUCUGCCCAACAUCUCAAUCCCAAUCUCCCUCAUCAUUCCACACCCUCCUCCAACUAACAAAUUAUUUGUAAAGUCUUUCUUGACUAUCCCAGCUUAAAGGAAACUUUUAAGUUCAUAUACUCAUAGACCCAUAUCACCUGUAAAAAUUCGUUAGCAAUUAAUCAAAAACCAGCCUGUGACAUCUCUUACAACAGUCUUAAACUGUGAAUUUUCCCCCUGAUAUUUAACCAUUUACUUGUUUAUAUCUAGUGUCCCCAAUGACAGUAUAAGUUGCUGACAUGGGUAGGGCCUAUUUGAUACUUUCCAUCUAUAUGCUCAGCACCUUACUUCUUAAGAUACAGUCAGCAUACAAAUGAUUAUACAGCAACUCUACCUGAGAGCUUAAUGUUACGGCAUUUGAGUAGAAGCAUGUUAAGUAAUCUGACCUGAAGGUCAAAAUCUCUUCUUGGCUGCUAAGAACAAUCUUGUCUGAGGUUUGAAGGAAUUCUGUCAUUCAAUAAAUUGCUUAGGGAACCAGAGGGAGAUAUAAGUGGUGGUCAGAUAAGCCAUAAUCAGAUAACCUGUUGUAAAAAGAAAAACAGAUGCUGCAACCAGCCAUAAGCACUAAAUUUACUGCCUCAGAUAAACAGCUUGUAAACCAGAAUGUGACUUAAGCUACAGAAGUGGCAAUUCACAGACUCUAAGUUGUAUUACUAAAAUCCAGGUACUCCCUAUUCUCAUUUUAAUACCACAGCCAGGCUUUUCAAAAUAAGCCCAAGUCAAUUCAGAGAUUUUCUUGAAAUAAUUUCCUUUAUAGUAGAAUCCUAUAUUUAGACCAUAUGAAAGAUACUGAGAAACCACACAAGGAAUUCAAAAAGGCAGGUCCCAACUUAUAAAACCAGAACUCUAGAUCUAACACUCAGCCCAAUUAAUAAUUUUUCCGUCAUGGUAUAGCUAUAAAUAAAAUGAUUUCAUGAAUAGUUUCAAAAGAUUGUCAUGCUGUGUACCCUACCAUUUUGCAUGAUAUGCUUUCGUAUACAAAUAAAUGUUCUAUUCACAAA